AUGGGCCUGCCCAAGGUUAUUUCCCUUCUGGCGCUUUUUUCGUCCGCCAUUCGAGCAGCAGUUCCCUCCAUCGAGGGGUUCACUAUUACAUGGAGUGAUGACUUCACCGGCGCCGCCGGAAGUCUGCCAGACAGCGCCAACUGGCUCGUCGACACUGGCACCAGUUACCCUGGUGGUGCUUCGAACUGGGGGACUGGUGAGAUCCAAACCUUCACCAGCAACCCGGAGAACAUCCAGCAGGACGGCAAUGGUGUCCUUAAAAUCACGGCCAUCAAGGACGAGGCCGGGGGUUGGACCUCGGCCCGUAUCGAGACGCAGCGCACCGACUUCCUGGCCCAGCCUGGAAGCAAGAUGCGCAUCCAGGCCAGCCUGAACCUACCUCAGGUUGAACAGCCCAUCGGUUAUUGGCCGGCGUUCUGGACUUUGGGGGCUCCCUUCAGGGGCAACUAUCUAAACUGGCCAAGUAUUGGCGAGUUCGACAUCAUGGAAAACGUCAACGGCAUCGACGAGGUCUUCGGCACCCUGCACUGCGGCUCCAACCCCGGUGGCCCCUGCAACGAGACGACAGGAAUCAGCGGCAAGCAAAAAGGCUGUCCCGGGUCAAUCUGCCAGGGCAAUUUCCACACCUAUACAUUUGAGGUCGACCGUACUCAGACCUCUGCCGAAUUCCUGCGCUGGUACGUCGACGACGUCCAGUUCUUCGAGCUUGCCGCCUCCGACGUCGAGGCGGAGGCCUGGAACCAGACUGUUCACGAGCCGCAUUUCCUGCUCAUGAAUUUGGCUAUCGGUGGAUCUUUCCCCAACAAGGAAUUUGGGGCUGAUGCUACACCAUUGGAGGAUACUACCUCGGGUGGGGUUUAUCAGGCAGAAUACGUUGCGUCCUGUUGCGUUGCGAGAGGGAAAGCUCGAGAGACGGUUUAA